UUCACUUUGUUUGCUAGGCACUGCAGUGACUCACCAGUAAAUGAGAACAAGUGGAAAGGUGAGCCUGUCUAGCAGUGUGCUUUCAGAGAGACCAGGAACUUCUUUUGAUAAGGUUUCUUUUUGCUGUAAUUCAGUGAGCUAAUAAAAGUAAAGUUUCUCUAACGCUGCGUUCAGGAGGAAACAAGAAUUUGUUCUUCUGUUCAGACAAUAGCUUACUGCUAAAGAAUGUGAAAGAAGAAUAAAAUACGGUUUAUAUUUUCAUUUUCUUCUCUUGUGGAUUUAUAUUCAUUUAGCAAGAAACCUACAGCAAAGGGCACUGACGUGACGGUUUUCUUGCAAAACAAAGCUACCUGGACUAUUCAGUUACCUUGAUGGAAAUCUAGCUUCAGGCCUGGUGGAUUAUUAACUGAAGAGAAAUGCCAGAAAAAGACAGUAGUAAACAAAGCUGUCCAUCGAUGCCAAGGAUACUUGCAAUAAUAGCUGGCCUGCUGAUAGUUUUUGGUGCCAUUGCUGCAGCAGUUUGGGCAAUAGUAACUUUUGCAGUGAGCAGAAAAGAUCCAGGUCUAUACGAUGUGCAGAUUAAUUCAGUGGAUUUUAGACUCACUGUAUAUGACCACAGUGAACAGAAAUGGAGGCUCGUCUGCUCCUCCAAUGCAAACUCUGCAGUAGCUACACAAAGCUGUGAAGAAAUGGGGUUUAUCCGGAGUCUUUCCAGUAUGACAUUGGAUGUAAUCACAGCAGGAGCUAAUGGCACUUCAGGUUUCUUUUGUGUUGAAGAAUCCAUGAUUCCGUAUGUAAAGAAAAUUAAAGAUGCAGUCACUGCCUGUGACUGUCCCUCAGGCAAGUUUCUUGCAGUGACCUGUCAAGACUGUGGGAGACGAAAACUUCCUGUUGACAGAAUAGUUGGUGGCCACGAUGCCAGCCUAGGCAAAUGGCCUUGGCAAGUAAGCCUGCAGUAUGACGGCACCCACAUAUGUGGUGGCUCCAUUAUAUCUAAUGAGUGGAUUGUCAGUGCAGCACACUGCUUUCCAGAGAGGAACCGUCUUGUGAAUAGGUGGACAAUCUUUGCAGGAACAAUCUACCAGAACUCGCGAACGGGACUGCAAGUACCUGUGAAGAGCAUUAUUUACCAUUCAGGUUACCGCCCCUUUCUGGAUCCUGAUUGUGAAGAUAACAGUAAUGAUAUUGCUGUUUUACAUCUGGCCACUCCACUCACUUUUUCAGAUCUCAUACAGCCAGUAUGUCUUCCUGCGUAUGGCCAGGACCCAGAGGAUGGCAAAGUAUGUACUGUGACUGGAUGGGGAAAUACCAAGUAUUAUGGUCAACAGGCAGAUACCCUUCAGGAAGCCAGUGUGCCCAUUAUCAGCAGUUCUUUGUGUAAGAGUCCAGAGUUUUAUGGGAACCAAGUUUCUUCCAAGAUGUUCUGUGCUGGCUUUUCAGAAGGGAGGAUUGAUGCAUGUCAGGGAGAUAGUGGUGGUCCUUUUGUUUGUGAAGACAAUCUUUCCAAAACCUCACGUUGGCGGUUAUGUGGUGUUGUAAGCUGGGGCACAGGCUGUGCAUUGCCAAAUAAGCCAGGUGUAUACACCAAUGUCCAGGUGUUUCACCCAUGGAUACACAAAGCCAUAAAGACUAAUCAUAACAGCACUGGACUUAUCCCGAUGGAGUAGUUGCAUCAUUUCCUAACUUUGGAAGUUUAUGGACUUCCUGACUGGACACCAUUUGUUACUUUUUUAAGUCUGCAAAAAUAUAUUGUCUGCCCCUUUUCAAGGUAUUUUUCAUUAAUCCCCUGGAGCUGAAUGCAUUCCACAUGAAAGAGUAAAUCUCCUUCUAUAGGUCUGUGCAUAACUAUAUGUUAGUUAAAUUUGCACGCAUUUAUUAAGCCAUGCCUAUCAUCGUAAAUGUUCAUUCUUUUUCAUUAGGGUCUUGCAUAAAGAUUAAAUGUUCUUGUCAUGUUA